AUAAUCACCCGUUUGCGUAAUUUAUCGCUGGACAUUAUGAUCUUAAGUCCCAUUAUAAGGCCAUACGUGGUAAUCUUGGCGAAACAGGCGAUGGGGAGAGGCGGUAGCUGGGAGUGAGCGAAUCCCUGAGUGACAGCGCCUACUCUUGGUGUGUGAAGGUACCGCCAGUGUUUACGUGUGUUUGUGAGGCAGUCUGAGGCUUGAACUUCCUGUGGGUGCAUCGCGCGGCUCAGUAUUUACGUGGAAGCAUCAUAGUCCCAAUGUGUAUAGCGGGGGGCGUGCCGCGCGCUGAGAUCAUCCACCCUAGAGGGAAGGUACAGUGUCUCGGGAUGGCCAGCGUGUUGGAUGCCCACGGCGGAGUGAUGGACAUUGUGGACGCCGUGGCUGCUCCUCUUUUGGGGUUCCAAGGUGUGGUGGCCGGGGUGACCCAUGGCAGCCAAGGCUCGGCGCCCCCCUCCCCCAAGCUGCCCGCCUCCAGCUCGGCCGAGAGCACCCCCAAGAGGAAUUUUCUCCACCAGCUCCACCGCUUCAAGAAGGGUGCUAAGAAUGCCUCCAAGGCCACAGCUACCAAAGGAAAGACAAGGGGUGCCGAAAGUUUGGAGGGCGGCGUGGAUGGCCUGGCCCGUGCUCACUCCCAGGAGAACCUCCACCACUCCCCGCUCAGCCACGCUUCCUCGCCACUGCAGAGCCGGCCGAGGAUCCAGGAUCAAGAUGAGAAGAGGCGAACGGAAAACACCCUCAAAAUCUGGAUCAUGGAGGCGAAGGACAUUGCCAGCAAGAAAAAAUACUUUUGUCACCUGAUAGUGGAUUCGCAGCCCAGUCAUCGCACCUGCUCCAAGACGAUGACCAACAUGUGCUUCUGGGGCGAAUACUUUGAGCUGGACUUGAACCCGGAGACCACCACCAUCUGCAUUGAGCUCAAGCGAGAGGGGGACAAGAAGUCGCCGAAGAGGAUUGGCUCGGUGGAGAUUGACCUGAAGCCGUCCAGCCCUGGCCGAGCCACCCUGGAGGAGCAGUGGUAUGCCGUCAAAGUGGACAGGCCCGACAAGACCUGCCCCGCCCUCAGGAUAAAGCACAGGUUUCAGUCUUUGGACAUCCUUCCCCUGUCCCAGUACGGCCCCCUUCGCAUGUACCUGAAGGACAACUCCACUUCCCUCUGCCAGCUGCUGGAGCCCGUGGUUUCCGUCAAAGCCAAAGAAGACAUCGCCACCACACUUAUCAACAUCAUGCAGGUGGAGGACUGUGCCAUCACCUUCCUUGUGGACCUCGUCUACACGGAUAUCCAAAGCAAUGCUGAGAAUGAGCACCUCCUCUUCCGGGGCAACAGUGUGGCCACCAAGGCGAUAGAGGCGUACAUGAAGCUGGUGGGCGAGCAGUACCUGCACGACACCCUGCAGGAGCCCAUCCAGGCCCUCAUCACCAGCGGCGAGGACCUGGAGGUGGACCACUUCAAGAUCACCAACCUCCAGUCCCUUCAGGAGCAGCGGAAAUCCCUGAAGGAGCAAGUGACUGCCGUGUGGGAGAAAAUAUUGCAAUCUAGUCGGAACUUCCCUGUGGAGCUGCGCAAGGUGUUCCACAAGCUGCGGGAAAAAUUGUCCCGCCAGGAGAAGUGUGAGCUGACCGACAACCUGAUCUCCUCGUGUGUGUUCCUGCGCUUCUUCUGCCCGGCUGUUCUCGCUCCCUCCCUCUUCAAUAUUACGACAGAGUACCCAGACGAGCGUGCCAACAGGAACCUCACACUGGUGGCCAAGACGCUGCAGACCCUCGCCAACUUCACCCACUUCCAGGGCAAAGAAUCCUUCAUGGAGUUCCUCAACGACUUCAUCAACAAGGAGCAGGAGCGGUGCAGAACGUUCCUGAAGGCAAUUUCCAGCGUUCCUUCGCCUGAGGACAGCCAUCUGGAGUUUGACGGGAAGAUUGACCUCGGGAAGCACCUGGCUCUCCUUCACCUCCACUUGGCUGAUGUCCUCACUGAGAUCAACACUCAGGGCUACGAGAGUGAGGCCAGCCGGGUGAAUGCACUGGUGGAUGACAUCAGUGCCUUGCUGGGGGGCAACCACAAUGAGGUCUCCUACGCACGCCGUCCAUCCAGCGGUCCGCCCCUCAACGCCAGCCCAGCCCUCGCGCCCCCCCACCUCCACUACAAUAACAAUUACACGCGCGAGGAGUGUUUGGACAGUGUCGGGGAGGCGGGGACGGGCCUGGUGCUGCCCCACGCCACCAACCGCUCCCAGUCCUUCCCUAGGGCAACCACGCCGGUGUACGCCAACCACCACAUGGUUCCUGGAAAUCAGAGGCAGCCCUUCCGCCACCCGGAGAGGUCAGCUGUGAACGACCUGACCAACAGUGAAGAGUUUGUCCUCAUCACUGCCUUUGACCACUCCUCCAGACCUCAGAUCUCCAUGUCCCUUUCAGAGGAAGCCAAUAACAACAACACGCCGGCCAUGGACGUCCGGGUCACCAACAGCAACACUUUCUACAUGAGCGAGGCAUCCCCGGCCCCCAUCCACCACCUCAACUACCAGCCACAGCGGGCGCUCCUCCACUCCACCGUCCAGCCCCGGCCACACCACAGACCUGGGAUAUCAAGAAACCUCUCUGUGGGAGGCGUUCCGAGCCCCGCUGAGAGGCGAAGGUUUGAAGGACACUGUUCUGAUCUCUUCAGAUACAUGGAUGACGUCACCCACAAGAUGAGUGCUAUAUGCAAAGACGGGGAGAACAACAUCCAAGGUUCGCAGACAUCCAUUUCCCAGCUAUCCAAUAUUGCUUCUUCAGGCUACCAGAGCUUUGCCUACUCCCAGUCCUCCUCGCCGGUGGACUCCCUCCUCCACACGGACAAUUCCAGCCUCCUCUCAAGGGAGAACGGAAACCCAGGACUGCCAGUGGGGAUCAGGCAGAUUCACGACUCUCCCCUAGCCUCACCUCUGCACCAGCAAACUUCCAAGUACCGCGCCGUGGGCAUGCACCCGGCCUAUCUGGGACAUGCCGGGCACGCCUCCCUCCAUGGCACCCCCAGACAUGUCCCCAGAGUCCCUCAGCCCAAAGAGAGCCCAAACAGCAGCCUCAGCUCCUCCCAGAGCGUUGAGGACCUGUCCUCGCUCCGCCGGGGACGCACCCGCCACCGCCGCUCAGCUUCCUCCUCCUCAGACUCCUCCCCUGAGUCGCACCCUCCCUCACACUCAAACGCUCACUUCCGGCGCGCACCGGCGCACACACCCCGCACCAACCCCCACUGCUCCCCCCGCUUGGUGCCCUCGCCGGCCCUCAGGCAUGAACUCAGGUCAGCCAAGCAGCGCCAUGACCGCAGCGUUAGUGGCAGGAGAGGAAAGAGCAACAGAUCCUGCGAGCGAGAGGACUUCCGAGGAGCCCCCCACCGCUACGAUGACUCCGAGGAUGACCUAAACGUUGCAGGCGGGGCGGGGGCAGGGAGCUGGGCGAGGGACGGCUGGCAGGAGCAGCAGCACCUCCUGGCCCACAGCCUGGCGCCCCAGCAGAUCCUGGACCAACAGGAAGACCAAAUGAGAGUAAUUAUUGAGAGGCUGGUGUCGAUGGAGCAUGAGUUUCGUCACGAGCAGGAAAUGAUGAGGAGAGAGAUGCACCACAAAGACGCCAGAAUUGAUGCUCAGGAAAAGAAGAUUGCAGCUUUAGACACAGCAAACACUCACCUCAUCCGCACCAUCGCCUCCCUCAGCACACGGCCUGGAGAGCUGAAACCUGACCUGUCUGGUGACCCACACAAUGACUCCUGCAAUGCCUCCGACACCUCUGACUACAAGAGUUCCUCGUGCUGAGCCAUGCCAUCCGCCCCUCCCUCGCGGCCCCCCCCUCCCUGACACUCGGUCCUUGCAUUUCCCAGUGAGCCAAGUAAAGGUUGUACAUAAUACGUUAAGGUCACAUUUCUAUGGUACACUUGAUAUUUUUUUUAUAUAAACAUGAAAGUGUCAAUUUGAAUAUAAUAAAAUAAAAGUUUUAGUGUUCAAAUUGUAGAACACAAACAGUUUGUGUUUGAGCUGGGCAUUUGAGUACAAGUUCAUCAUUCUCUUUUAUUCACCCAUUUUGACAGUCCAAGUUUUCAAUGAAAACUAAUAUUUCCUGUUCCAAUCUCAGUAAAUGGUCGCACCAAAAGAGAAUGAGCUCUCAGCUGACCUGGCAUGUCCCGACAGACAGGAGUGAUUCCUGUGCAGGACAUGCGAGGUGCAGACUGGUUUCAAUGUCCAAGUUUUGUACAAGUCACAAGCAUUAUAUCCUUGUACAGAUUCACCACUUUGUCAAACUCAAUCACUCCUCCUCCUCCAAGUGCUUUAGAUUUUUUUUAUCAUUCCAGUUGCCAGUGAAGGUAGUGAGUUCCUUUACUUAAGCAUUGGCUGAAACAUUAAAUUACCUCUUCAUUUGAACACUAUGACAUCAGUAAGGUUACUUAGUGCGGUUUUAACCCUUCAAGCUAGAUCUAUAUUGUUCAAAAAAAGUUUAAGCUAUUUUAAUAGAUAAAAUUGUAUAAUUUCACAAAGAUAUCCUAGAGAACAGAACAGAAGCUUUAUUCUGUAUAGGUUACAAACAGAAUUCUUUAUUCCCUGUAUAGUGUGAAAUAUAUGGCCCUUGUAUAGCUAUGCUUUGUGUAUACUGUAGUCCGUAGACACACUGGAGAACACCAAAGAUUAGGUUAAUGAUAGUCCUGAUUUCUGAAGCUCAACGUCAGUGCAGUGCGUCCGACACUAUUUUGUGUACCUUAGACUGUAAAUACUAACUCCACAUAUAGAAGACAAAAGACAGUGUAAUUUUUCCCAUUUCACAGUGACAGGCUGAAGUUUUGAUACAGUAUGAAGUGUAUUAGAGAAUCUGUGCUUGUGAAGCACACCUUUAUAUAUAGAAACCAAAGGUUUAAACAAGGUUGUAUAUUAUGCUAUCUACAUAUGUGUAGAUUAUGCUGUUUGUACCAACUAUAUAAUACACCAACUUCGGAAGUGAAGAAAUUUUA